AUGGCGUACCUCCCUCCCCACAAGCGGCACCCCAGCACCACCGCCUCCACGUCCACCCCCGCACCCAACCCGCCACCUCCGUCCCUCUCUUCCUCCCUCCGCUCCCUCUCCCUCUCCUCCCCGCGCGGCCGCGGCCGCGCCGCCGGCGGACGCCACCCGCGCGCUUCUACAAAGAUCAUCCACGCCGCCGGCUGCAUCUCCCGUUGGUCCCCGCUACCGCCCUUCUCUCCUGGCGGCGACGACGAGGAGCACACCCUCCGCCUCGAGCCCUUCCCCUUGCUCUCGUCGUCGCCUCCACCCCAGGACAAGGCUCCUCCGGCUCCACUGCGUUGGCGGUCACCACCAUCGCCGAGAGGUUCCUUCCCGAUCUCCUUGCCGCCGCGAAGAGGACCAAGGUGGACGGCGCGCCUAAGGAUGAGUUGCGGUGGAUCGCCCGUCUCACUGGACACACUCCGCCAGGCAGCAGAAGCAGGGGAAGAUGGUUCCAAGAGCCAGUUGCGUAAAUCGUUCUACACCAAUGUGCCUAGUGAGUGUCUGGAUGAUAUGGAGCGAUCCAUGGUGAAGAGGAUGGGGCUGGAUUUUGAUUCGUCCAAGGAGCACUACCAUGUGAAGGUUUUUGACAAGAAUCAAAGUGAUUCUACAAUAUCUUGCAAAUGCACCGUGGAGGAAGAUGGUAGCCUUGCUAUCCAUAAGGUUGAAUUGAAUCAGGUACGGCACUUGGUGGAAGACAUAUCCUGUCUUUUCGAAGGUCUUGAUCUAAGGCUGAUGUUGUGUAAGAAAAGGAUCCUGAAAAACCUAGAUUAUGAAGUGAAAAAUGCUGUAAAGAGCUUGGUGUCUGCUGCUAUUAUCGAUCCUAAUGUGAAAGGGGGGAUUAGAUGGCCACUUGGAAAGGAGUCAAUCGGUGAGAGGUUCAGCAUAGUUGGGGUGUGGCACACGAACUACAAAGCUUUCAGAAAUGAAACCAUGAGGCUCAAGCUAAGGCAUGCUGACAGAUUCGAUCACCGGAGCUCGACUGGGGAAGUUUCCAAUGAAGUUACGUUCAAACUAACUGCUAUUUCUCGCAAACUGGAGGAAGAAGGUGAUCCAUUGGAGAACUCUGUGAAGGAGAUGCUGGAGUCUGCGGUCCAAAUGGUUUGGGACAAUGCGCUGAACUACCAGAUCGUGCCUUGA